UUGGAUCGUCCAGCAGAUCCACUGACAACCAACACAAUGAAGAGGUCAACUUUGACCACUUCCAGAUCCUGCGAGCGAUUGGAAAGGGCAGCUUUGGAAAGGUGUGUAUCGUGCAGAAGAAGGACACUAAGAAGAUGUACGCCAUGAAGUACAUGAACAAGCUCAAGUGCGUGGAGCGAAAUGAAGUGCGCAACGUCUUCAAAGAGCUUCAGAUCAUGCAGAACCUGGAGCAUCCUUUCCUAGUGAACUUCUGGUACUCGUUUCAGGAUGAGGAGGACAUGUUCAUGGUGGUCGAUCUUCUGUUAGGAGGAGACCUGCGCUAUCAUCUUCAACAGAAUGUACAUUUUUCCGAGAGCACUGUGAAACUUUACAUCUGUGAACUCGCCUUGGCACUGAACUACCUGCGCAGCAAACACAUCAUUCACAGAGACAUCAAACCUGAUAACAUCUUACUGGAUGAACACGGUCACACUCAUCUGACCGACUUCAACAUUGCUGCUAUCGUCAAAGACGAUUUAAAAGCCACAUCCAUCGCUGGGACAAAGCCAUACAUGGCUCCAGAGCUUUUCCAGACGUUUGAGGGAGCACAUCCGGGUUACUCGUUUGCAGUGGACUGGUGGUCUCUGGGUAUAACAGCUUACGAGCUGCUACGUGGUCAGAGGCCGUAUAUAAUGCGCUCCAGCACGCCCACCUCAGAGAUCCUGCAGUCCUUCCAUAAAGUCCAUCCCUGCUAUCCAGCCGCUUGGUCAGUAGAGAUCAAGUCUCUGUUGAGGAAGCUGCUGUGUGUCGAUGCACAGAAGCGUCUCUCGUCUCUCUCUGAGCUGAAGGACACGGAGUGUCUCUCCAGUGUGAACUGGGACGCUGUGCUUAAUAAACACAUCCCACCAGGCUUCAUCCCUAAUAGACGGAGACUAAACUGUGACCCGACGUUCGAGCUGGAGGAGAUGAUCCUGGAGUCGAAGCCACUGCACAAGAAGAAGAAGAGAUUAGCGAGGAAGACGAGGGAUCAGGGCUCUGACGGAUCUCCGCAGAACGGUCAGCUCCAGCAGCGUCUCGACUGCGUACGGCGAGACUUCAUCAUCUUCAACAGAGAGAAGUUGAAGACCACCAAAGCAGACACGGACCCGAGCAACAUGAACCUGAAAGAGGAGACCCGAGCUCUCGAGGACGGACAGAACAACAACACUGUCACCAGCGCAGCGAGUUUAUCGAGUUAG